AUGGACGACAUCCAGCUCUGCAAAGAAAUCACAAGGCUGAAGACGGAGCUGCAAAAACUGGUCUCAGUUCCAGACAAAGACAAGUCCAAGGAGGACAGGGAGCGGGAGGAGGAGCUGCUGCUGCAGAUCAACAAGCUGGUGGAGACCAGAGACUUCCUCGUGGACGAUGUGGAGUUUGAGCGACUGAGGGAGAGAGAGGAAGACAGAGAAAUGGCGGCUUUCUUACAGUCCAAAUUCCCCAAAGCUUUGGCUGCAAAAGGGUCCCUGCCGGAUCAAACGGUGGCGUCCAAAUCUCAGCAGACGUCGUCUCCGUUCAUCACUAAAACUGGACUCACGCUGCUGAAGGACUGCUGCGGCUUCACCUGCUCCGUCAUGUAACACGGUGAAAACACAGGACUCUACCUGCACACGUGAGCCGUGUCCGUCUGCCCCAUUAACACAGAUUACCUGCAUCAAUCCUCACGUAUGCACAUGAUGUAUUGUACUACUAAAUGUGAUUUGCUACUGUGAAAACACUGUGUGUGCGCGUGUGUGUGUGUGCGUGUGCGCGUGUGUGUGUCCUGCAGUGGAGCGAUGACCAGCUAAUGGGUAAACUGAUGGAUUCUGUCCAAUCAGGUUCAUUAGAUAUUAUUGUUACGGAUUCUCUGACAGUGUAAUGAUCCAUUUAUCAUGUAAAGAUAAAGACGUCCAUUAGGGAACAGACUACACUUGUUAGCGUCCUCUGCCACUGUCUGUAGGAGACGAGCAUUACAAGGACAUUAAUAAGGUUUAACUGGUGUGUUUAUGUGUUUAUUGUCCUUAUUUUUCAUUUGAUGUUGUUUUAUUAAUUAAGUCCAAAGUGGCAUCUUUAGAAGUAAAAUUCAGUUUUAGAAAAUAAACCAGAAAACUGCCACAGAUCAAAAUGUUUGAGGAUUUCUCGAAUGAAUUUGAAAUGUUUUUCUUCGAUUAAGGACUUCUCUAAUUGAGUGUUGUACUUUAUUAGAUUCAUUUAACAUUUUCACACCAGACGUCAUUUAUUCAGCUCGUACCUGAGGGACGUCUGGAUGUGGUUCAGUCUCAAACUGCAGAAGAGCUGAAGAACAUAAUUCACAUUUAAACCAAAGUCUUUGUUAAUGAAACAUGUCUCAUUCUGUGUUUUGUAAAAAGAAAAAAGAAAACACAUAUGGUUAAACAGAAUGUAUUCAUGUCUCCAUGUAAACGGUGAUGUUCUAAUAAACACGUUGCUUUUCUCUUUGAA